AUGAUGGAAGAGAAGUGCGGUCACCUGAAAUAUAUAGAACUUGAUAAUUACAAGUCAUACAAAGGAAAACAAGUGAUCGGUCCAUUUAGUUCUUUUACAGCAGUAAUUGGACCAAAUGGAUCCGGUAAAUCAAAUCUUAUGGAUGCUAUUAGCUUUGUCCUUGGUGAAAGAACUCGUCAUCUGCGAGUGACAAAAUUGAGCGAUCUUAUUCAUGGAUCUGUUGUCGGAAAACCUGUAUCAAAGACCGCUUCUGUUACAGCUGUUUAUCAGAUGCCAAACGGAACUGAACGACGGUUUAGUCGCUACAUUAGCGGUAACACAUCUGAAUAUCGCAUUGACGGAACACCUGUCAAAGUGGAGGAAUAUGGCGCAGCACUGGAGAAGAUUCAUAUCUUUAUGAAAGUGAAGAAUUUUUUGAUUUUCCAAGGUGCUGUUGAAAGUAUUGCUAUGAAGAAUGCCCGAGAACGUUGCCAAAUGUUUGAGGAAAUUAGUCGAUCUGCUGAGUACAAGGAGGAGUAUGACAGGUCGAAAGCCGAAAUGCAGAAACUGGAAGAGGAAGCUACUUUCAAUUUAAACAAAAAGAAGAAUAUUGUUGCAGAACGUAAAGAGGCUCGUAUUGAGAUUGAUGAGGCGGAAAAGUACAAAAAAUUGCACAGCAGAUGGAUGUCCAAAAGAACGGAGUUGCAACUUUUCAAGUUGUAUUAUAAUGAUGUGGAUAUUAAACGCAUAAGAGAAGAUUUGCAGCAGCGUGAAGAAGUGGUCGAGCAGGAGAAUGCUGCUCGAGUGAAAAUUGAGGAAGAAAUUCGCGAAAAACGUCGUGAAUUGGGUAAAUUGAAUCGCGAUCAGUCAUCCCUCGAACAAGAAAUUAAGAAAUGCGACCAAAAAGUGUCGAAGAGAAAGCCGGAAUAUAUCAAGGUUUCUCAGAUGUUGCGCCACGUUAGUGAUAAGCACAAGGAAUCAAAAAAAGCCUUGGAGAACGCACGCCAGCAACAUAGUAGUCAUCGACAAGAAAUGGAACAACUUGAAGCCGACUAUGACCGUGUUCAGGCUCUUAAAGAGGAGUAUGAGCUUCAACAGAACAAAAAGAGCAAGGAGCAAGGCCGUUCUCUUGAAUUGGAGGAUUCUCAGCUAGCCGAAUAUCAUCGCUUGAAACAGAAGGCCGCUGAACACACUUCUGAUAUAUCAGCUCAACUCGAUGCGCUUAGACGAGAGUACGAUGAGCAGAAAGACCUCUUCGAUAGUUUGGAACGUCGUAAGGAAGAGAUUGAGAAUUCUCUUCGCCUCAAGCAAACAGAACUCAGUGAUAACCAAAGACGUCUUCAACGACUUGUUGAAUUUAUCGAAAAUAGCAAUAAGUCAAUAUCUGAGCUCUCUGAGACUGAAAGGACGAUUAGAGAGGAAGUAGAGAAUGCGACAAGACGCAUCGAUGAAAUUAAUGCUGAAUUGGAGAGCGUUAUCUGUCAACUGGGAGAGGCCAAGGUGGAACGACAUGAAUCCUCUCGUGCUGUUAGAAAACAGGAGCUUAUUGAAAACUUGAAGCGUCUAUUUCCCGGCGUGCAAGGUCGUCUCUUAGAAAUGUGCGAACCUUCGCAUAAACGCUAUCAAAUUGCAAUUACCAAAGUUCUUGGCAAACACAUGGACAGUAUUGUCUGUGAUAGUGAGAAGACCGCGAAAGAUUGUAUUCAAUAUAUGAAGGAUCAGCGUAUUGAACCGGAAACCUUCCUCCCGCUGGACUUCCUUGAUGUUCAACCAGUGGAUGAGAAAUUGCGUGAAAUAAACGAUCCACCGAAUGUGCACCUGGUGAUUGAUGUGAUCAACUGCGACCCCGUGACUGCUAAGAAGGCUCUUCAAUUCGCUUGCGGCAACGCUCUGGUCUGCGACACCGUUGAACACGCACGUUAUGUUGCCUACAAUAUGGGUGAACGUAAGAAGACUGUUUCUCUGGAUGGAACUCUAUUCCAAAGGUCUGGUGUCAUUUCUGGUGGUGCAAGCGAUCUGAAGGCUAGGGCUAAGAGAUGGGAUGAGAAGCAGAUCAGUUCCCUAAUGUCUAGACGUGAUGCUCUGCAGACGGAGUUGAAGGAACAACUGAAACGCAAGCGAAAAGAGGCUGAACUGCGAACUCUUCAAUCACAAAUCAACGGCCUUGAGAAACGGCUCAAGUAUACACAAAAGGACAAGGACAGCACUGAGGAAAAGAUUCUUAGUGGAAAUGAGGAGGAAGUCAACAACUUGAGAGCCAACUUGGAAGAAGUGAAUGAGAGACUGGGUAUGUGCCAAACAAAAAUGCAGGAGUUGGAAAUUUCUAUCAAUGCUGAAAAAGCCAAGAUGGACACGGUUGAGGAUACGGUACUUCAUGACUUCUGUGUCAGCAUUGGUGUGGAGAACAUUCGGGAAUACGAAGACCGUGAGUUACGUAUUGCUCGCGAACGCGAUCAAAAACGUAUGGAGUUUACCAGCCAACUUCAACGAAUCAAUAAUCAACUGGAAUACGAGAAGUCCCGCGAUACAUUAGACGCUGUGAAGCGUUGGGAAGAGGCCGUAGCAAGUGAACGCCAGGAGAUGGAACGUUGUAGAAAGCAAGAGAAACGUCUCAAAGAAGAGAUGGAAGCGGAAGAGAUGAAGAAGAGCAAUCUUGAGUUCCAAUUGGGUGAAUACCAGCAAAAGAGCGAACAAAUGGACGCCGAAUUAGCUGAACUCAGUCGUCGUUUGGUUUCGCGCAAGCGGGAGCUCCAGAAACUCCAAAAGGAACUAAGUCAAAUCGAGGCGCGACUUGAAUCCAAACGCUCCGAACGUCAUUCUCUCCUCCAAUCUGCUAAGAUGGAAGACCUGCAACUACCGUUAAAACCUGGUGCUAGUUCAAUGCCCGAGUUGGAAAGCCAACUUUCGGCAGAAAGUGAGGGCGCCGAUCUUAACUCAGAGGAAAUGAUGCGCCUCUAUGCUAUGGAAGCACGACUUCCACUUGACUAUAAACAACUCGAAAAGCCACUUCGAAUGAUUGCCGAUGAUAAGGAGGUUGUUAGGAAGGCUGAUGAGAUGCAUUCGGAGGUGGAGCGGAUGCAAAAUGAGUUGUCACGUUUCCAAGCACCAAACUUGAAGGCUAGUGCAAAGUUAGGAAACGUGGAACAGCGUUUGCGCACCACAGAGGCGGAAUUCGAGGAAACGAGACGUAAGGCCAAGAAAGCUAGGGCUCAAUUUGAGCGUAUCAGAAGGUUGAGGUACGCGGCGUUCAAUAAAUGCUUUCUCUCAAUUGCUGAAAAUAUUGAUCCGCUAUAUAAGUCACUAUCUCGAAACCCUGGAGCCCAGGCAAGUCUUCUACCCACUAAUGCCGAAGAACCCUAUUUGGAAGAACUCCAAUUCCAAUGUGUAGCUCCAGGCAAACGCUUUCAGCAGAUGGAUUCCCUUUCAGGUGGUGAAAAGACUAUUGCUGCAUUGGCACUCUCCUUUGCCAUGCACCAGUACAACCCUUCGCCGUUCUUCGUACUUGACGAAAUUGAUGCUGCCCUGGAUAACACCAAUAUUGGUAAAGUAGCCUCCUUCAUUCGCGAGUAUUCCCGGACUCGUGCCCAAGUUAUUGUCAUCUCGCUCAAAGAAGAAUUUUAUUCGAGGGCGGACUCUCUUGUUGGCAUUUAUCCCGAUAUCGUAAGCUGGUGUUUUAACAUUCUAUAUUUCGCAAAUUUAUUGUUACCUCUUUACCAGAUUUCCAGGGUAUGCGAAGAUAUUGAGCAUCGUCUCGAACAGUGUAAGGACCUUCUGUUGGGAAUUAACUCCCAACGACUUUCCCUCGCGUCCAAAUGCAAUUCAUUGUCUGCUAGUUUGUCUCUCGAGGGGGAUUCAGUCUACGAGGCGAUUGUCAAGGUUAGCAAGCCCCAUUCUGGUCAUAUCUUUACGGCGUACAUUCAUGAGGGUUAUGGUACACCCUUCAAGCUGCAGCAGCUUCAGGACUGUUGGAAUUGGGUUUAUCAGGCCGUAGGAGUUUGUAAUGAGACAUCCCUAUUGGAAUUGAGGCGAUGUGUCCAAGGAGCGCUCGAUGCGCUUCUUUUUCCACCUGCCAAUAGGGCUGUUCCAGGCUUUGAAAAAUUCACUACACGGUCCUGCUUCUACCCCCCUCUAUCACCUGACAGUGCACUUCACAUCUUUCUGGACGGCGGUGAACUUGUCGUCUGUGUCAACUUUGUCUUUCGAGAAAAAUUCACCCUUUCCUCUGCCACUGGAAGAAAUGCCACAUUGAAACAGUAUUGGGCUUCCACUUCCGUGGUUUGUAUACAGAAGGUCCUGGAAUUGCUCAAAGACAUCCUCACUGAUAUUGAGUCCUGCUCCUUGGCUAUGGCAUCUUAA